AUGCCGCAGAGCAAUGGUCAAGCUGAAAAGAUGGCUCAUCUGAUAAAAACUUCUAUUGAACAAGACGCGCUUUCUUUGGAUCGUGCGGUGAUGGCGUACAACUACACUCCCAACAGCACUGUUGAUGGGAAAUCUCCAAGCGAAUUGAAAACGAAGACUCCCUUCGACGUCUACAAACCGGCAAAAGCUUCAAGAGAUUUCAACUCGUAUCAGAAGAUGAAACGCCAAUUUGAUGCUUAUAACGGUGUCCGCAAUCCUUGUUUUCAGAUCAUUAAUCGCGUUUCAACCGAGUUGUGGAACGGUAAACGUGUCGGUGACACAGUUGUUCGCUUUAUAGGUAAUACAAUGGCCCAAAUUAACGUUCAAGGCGAUAUUAUUGUUCGUCAUUUCAAUCAGUUAUGA